CACAGUGUUUUUGGAAUGGACUCAUCUCUAGCAGGCUAUUUAAGUGUCCGCACCUGGACUCCAGUGCUGCCUACUGGAACUACAGUCUGGAUCCAGCCUCUGCUGUCCAUCACAGUUGAGGCAAUGGGAGCACCUCUUCUCAUCUGGACCUUGGCUCUACUGACAUGCACAGUCUCAGUAAUUGCAGAUCCUCACUAUCUUGUGGCCUUCCCAGCAGUUAUUCAUCAUCCCAGUCAUGACAAGUUCUGUGUACUGUUAAGCUCCCUCUCAGAGACAGUCCAUCUGUCAGUAAUAAUUGAAACCAAGAUCAAGAAUCACACCCUAUUGGACAAAGAUGUGGAAAAGCCAGGGAUCUACGAGUGCUCUGAAUUCCAGGUCCCAGCCUUUCUUCCAGAGGAAGAGUCAAAAGCUUUCUCUGAAGAGGGAGACGAAGUGGCCCAUGUUCAUGUCCUUAUCCAAAAGGGUGAUAGUGUGAGUUUUGAAAAACGGAAGAAGGUGGUGAUCAGGAAGCCUAAAAUAAGGAACAUCAUGGAGUUUGAUAAGCUCUUUUACAAACCUGGAGAAACAGCAAAGUUACGAAUUGUAAGACUUAACGAAGAAUUUAAGGCCAUUGAUGAAACUAUCCCUUUGAUAUGGCUAACAGAUCCUAAUGAAAACCGAAUUGGCCAGUGGGUGGAUGUGAAGCCUCAUCAUGGCAUUGUGGAUCUGUCCUUCCCUCUGGCCUCUGAAGCAAUCCUGGGAGGAUACACUGUUCAUAUAGGAGAACACUAUGAGGAGGAGAAAGGAUUCAGUGUGGAAGAAUACGUGCCAGAGAAAUUUGAAGUAUUAGUUGAAGCACCAGAACUAAUCCGCACCACAGAUCAAGUUCAGGUCAAAGUACGAGGCAGGUAUACAUAUGGAAAGCCUGUGCAGGGAAAAGUGCAUCUGAAAUUGACCCGGGACAUAUUGUUUUAUUUUUUUGAAGAAGUGCAAAGUGGAAAGUUUAAUGCAGUUGAGCAGCAUUAUACAGGCCAGACAGAUAAAACUGGCUAUGCUUCCUUUACUAUUAAUGCAACAGAUCUGAAUGUGACUCAAAAAGGGCACGACACUCGGGUUGAACUUUCUGCAGAACUGGAAGAGGAUGGAACAGGAGUGACACUCUCAGGAAGGAGAUUUAUGAAUAUUGUCACCAGAGCAAUUGAAGUAGAGUUUGUUGAUCUCAAUCCACACUACAAACAUGGAUUUCCAUACAAAGGAAAGAUGAAAUUUACCACCAAUGGGUCCCCCUUCAAGAAUGAGACUGUUUAUCUUACUACUGAUGUAAAUGAUGUGGACAGAAACUUUGUAUAUAUCACAGAUGACAAUGGAGAAGUUCAUUUCUCCUUAGACACAACCGAAUGGAAAGAUUUUCCAGUUGCAUUGCGGGGCAGAGCAUCUAUUCUUAAUGUGACCCAGUAUGACAUAUCUGACCUUCUGACAACAUAUAAUGAAGCUUUCAAGUGGGUGAAGCCUUUCUACUCAGAAAGUAACAGCUUUCUCGAGAUCCGCCAGGUAGAAGGAGAGCUGCCCUGUGGGAAGGACCAGGAAGUGCUGGUGGAUUACAUCCUUGAUCGGAAAGAGCUGGAUCCAGAGGCUGACCAUGUUGAUUUCUAUUACUUGGUUGUAUCAAGAGGCAGGAUUGUCUCUGCUGGACAGAAGCAAGUGCAGGUUGGCAAAGAUGAGACCCUGAAAGGCACCUUCUCUUUCACCUUGACCGCGAGUUCUGACCUGGCACCCAAAGCUAGGCUUUUGCUCUAUGCUGUGUUUGCGGAUGGCGAAGUGGCAGCUGACCUUGAAGUCUUCACAGUAGACCUGUGCUUCCGGCAUAAGGUGAAAGUAGCCUUCUCAGAAAAUGAAAAGCUUCCAGGGUCCAAAGUCAAUCUGGACAUAGAGGCUGCCCCAGGUGCACUCUGCUCUCUUCGUGCUAUUGACAAGAGCGUGGCUCUGAAAAGGAAUUCAACUCUGACACCAGAAGAUGUAUAUAACAUACAUUAUGAUGGUGAUGACAUGGUUGGUGCCAGAGGAUUUAUGUAUCACAUGGAAGACUUUGAGCCAUACCCGUGUUUACCAUCUGAAAGGAGGUCAAAGCGUUCCUUUUUUGGCCCCUGGUUCCAAAGCCAACCUGACGUCUAUGGUCUUUUCCAGAAACUUAGGCUCAAAGUGUUCACCAACACCAAGGUGAAGAAACCAGUCACAUGUGACCUGUCAGUGGUUGAGAGACGGCUCUUCAGAGGAGGAGACAAUUUUCCUAUUGCUUAUAGUAUCGCUCAAGAAAAUGCGGUGCCUAUUAAUUCAGUCAAACAAAAAGAAGAGAAAAGUAAACCCAGGACAUACUUUCCCGAGACCUGGGUUUGGGAAUUGGUCCAUGUCAAUGAAGAAGGUAAAGCAACCCAUCCAGUCACCGUUCCAGACACCAUUACAGAGUGGAAUGCCAAUGCUUUCUGUGUGGCAGACAUUGGCUUUGGACUCUCCCAACAAGACAGACUCAUAGUCUUCCAGCCCUUCUUUGUUGAGCUAACAUUGCCAUAUUGUGUGGUUCGUGGAGAGACAUUUGUACUAAAGGCUACUGUCUUCAAUUACCUCAAGGACUGCAUCCAGGUGAGAGUAAGCCUGCUGGAAACACAAGAAGUGGAGGUGGAACCAUGCCCAGCCUGCCGGUUUGCCACCUGCCUCUGUGUGGAUGAGGCCAAGACCAUCUCCUGGAAUGUGACAGCUACCCAUUUGGGGCAUGUUAACAUCUCCAUUACUGCUGAGGCUGAGGAGACCCAAGAGCUUUGUGGCAACAAGAUCUCUGUGACACCUUCACAAGGACGAUCAGAUACAGUGAUUAAGUCCCUGCUUGUCAAGCCAGAAGGUGUCCCUGAAGAAAAGUCCUACAAUUCAUUCCUGUGCACAGGUGACCCAAUGGCAGAAGUUUCCCUGGAGCUACCUGAAAAUGUUGUGAAGGACUCUGGUCGGGCCACCACCUCCGUCAUUGGAGACAUCAUGGGUGCUGCGUUAAAAAAUAUAGACAAUCUACUUCAGAUGCCUUACGGCUGUGGUGAACAAAAUAUGGUCAAGUUUGUUCCCAACAUCUUUGUGCUCCAAUAUCUGGAGUCAGUAGGCCAAGCAACUCCUGCAAUCAAAGAGAAAGCAACAGAAUACAUGAAGAGUGGAUACCAGCGCCAGCUGCUAUACAAACAUGAUAAUGGUUGCUACAGUGCCUUUGGGAAGGGAGAUGCUGAGGGGAAUACCUGGCUAACAGCUUUUGUGGUGAAGGCCUUUGGUCAUGCAAAGUCCUAUAUCUAUAUUGAUGAAAAGCACAUUGAGGAAGCUGUUCACUGGCUAAAGGAGCAUCAACUUUCCAAUGGCUGUUUUCAAAGUGUUGGAAAGCUCUUCAACAAUGCCCUCAAGGGUGCCGUGGGUGAUGAUCUCUCAAUGACUGCUUACAUCACAGCCUCUUUGCUGGAGAUUCAUCUGGAUAAAGAAGUCACCUUAAUCGAGAACGCCUUGCUCUGUUUGAAGAGGAACUUAAGUUCUGUGGAUGGAACCUAUACCAAAGCAUUGUUGGCUUAUGUCUUCACAUUGGCCAAGGAUGUAGAAACCCAGCAACAGCUAAUGACAGAGUUGGAAGAACAGGCUGAGAGAAAAGCUGGAAUCAUAUCCUUUCCGGAGACUGAGACCAUGAUCUACGUUCUCUUGACUUACCUUGCUAUGCCAGAGGUGCCUUUAGAGAAAGCUUCCCAGAUUGUGCGUGCGCUCACCCCACAGCAGAACCCAUAUGGAGGUUUCUCCUCCACACAGGAAACUAUUGUUGGCAUGCAGGCAUUAGCAAAGUACGCUGCCUUAACUUAUCGUGAGAUAGACGACCUGAAGGUAGUGGUGAAAUCAGGUGAGGAUUUCCAGCAUGAAUUCCAUAUGGACAAGAAGAACCAGCUGGUGCUGCAGCAGGCCUCUCUUCCAGCUGUUCCAGGUCAAUACCAUUUUGAGGUGUCGGGGAAUGGCUGCACAUAUGUGCAGACCAUCCUUCAUUUCAACCACCAACCUGAGAAGCCCAAAGUUUUUGAACUGAAUGUUACAACAUCCCCAGAGGAAUGCAACCAGAAUUCCAAGAAAAAAUUUGACAUCAUUCUACAAGUGAGCUAUAUAGGUGAACGAAAGGCAAGCAACAUGGCUCUGAUAGAAGUGAACAUGGUAUCAGGAUACAUCCCAGUGAAAAAAUCUGUGAAAAAGCUGAAAAACAACACCCAUGUAAAGAAAGUGGAACUUGACCCUGACAAGACCAUUAUUUACCUGGAUGAGCUGGAUAAGAAUGUUCAAAGCUACCAUUUCUCUGUGGAGCAGGAAUUUGAAGUGCUUGAUCUGAAGCCAGCAAUUGUGAAAGUCUAUGAUUAUUAUCAUCCAGAUGAUCAUGCAGCUGUUGGAUAUAAUGCUCCCUGCAGCACAGAAAUAACAAAAGAAGACAACCAUUAAAAAUCCUCUAUCAUCAUCAUCUGAAACAUCUCAACAUGAACAAUUAAAUUUCUGAAAAGGA